AUGAUUGGCAGACGAUGUAYUACAGAUAUUCUAUUGCCCCACGAUGACGUACAGGCUCACAUUAAACGCGCUCACGUCGUCCACAAAGUACCACCCGUCAACGCCCUCGCGCGACACCCACGAAUCUUUCGUUUUUCUAUGGCAUAUGGUGAUGUUGAGAAUCACCCUGGCCGCGAAGAGGGUGUGAUGUACUUACAGAUCUGUAACAAUAAGAACACGAUCAAUACACUGUUGAGGAAUAUUGCAGGGAACACCGAUGAAGCCAAACCGGGCGACACAACGCUCGAUAUGUUGAUUAGUGCUGUGGAGCCCCUGCAAGGGAGUUUCUGGUAUGUCCCAAGUGUUGAGGAGCUUAAGUUACCGGGUUUGGAGGGCGACAGAAGACCAAGUUGGGCCAUCAAGGUGUGCUUAGGCAGGUUGUUUACUACAAAUAAGGAAAGAAAACUGGAAAGCAAAGAAUUCUUUGGCAAAAGGGCAGACUUCUUUGGAGUUCAUCCUGAUGAAAUUAUUGUUGGUCGAAUGCCUCGCUGCUUUUCUCUAGGGCUAGGGCAAGCUGUUAUGCCGUAUCUUCAUGAGGAAGAAACAAUGCCUGCCUUUAUCAAAGGGCUAAGUGAGACUGCAGGUAUGGGCCAUGUGAUACCAGACUACCAGACACUGUUACAAAAAGGCAUCGAAAAYAUCAAGAAUGAGAUGCAAGCAAAAGAAAAGGAUGCUCAGUCACAAGAAGAAAAAGACUUCUUACAGGCAUGCAUACUUACUUUUAAAGGACUUCAGAAGUACCUAAGAAACUACGCCUACUAUGCUGGUUACCUCGUGAAAGACGCGAAUAAAGUCAAAUUUGGACUUUCUGACGCUCAAUGCGAAGGUCUUAAGCAGGUCCAAACCAGAAUUAACAAGAUCUCAAGAGACCCUCCCGAGACUUUCGUUGAAGCAGUUCAGCUACUUUAUUCCUUUCACUGUUGUCUUCAUCUCACUGGAGAACCAACCUCUAUCGGUCGACUCGAUCAGUUGUUGGAACCUUUCCUUCAAGGGACUAGUAACGAGGAUGCUCAGGAAAUCAUUGAUUGCUUUUUUGUCAAACUUUGUGAGCACGUUAAUUUGAAUUCGUGCUUGCUGAGGAGCUUACAGGCUUGGGGAAUCACUGCUGUAACGUACGCUAGUACGGGACUAUUUCCAUACGGAGAUACUAUAAACCAAUGGGUGCAACAGAUCACGGUUGGUGGAUACAAGGCAAACGAAGCGAGUAUCGCUGAGGAUGGAUGCAAUGAAAUCACCUUAAUGUGCCUAAAGGCAUCUAGACGACUCCCCCUAAAUGCUCCUUGCCUGUCUUUGAGAUUGAAUAAAGACACACCCCAACAGGUUCUUGAGGAAGCAUCUAAAGCAAUCCUUAGUGGUGGGGCACAUCCCAUUUUUCUCAACGAUGAAAGGCUGGUCGAAAGUCUUCUUCGCACAAGAAAUGAAGCACCAAGCAAUCCAGUCAGUUUGAAGACCGUACGUAACUUUGCUUGUGAUGGCUGCUACGAGCCUAUUUUCCCUGGUGAGACAGACUUUUCUCUGGCUUACGUGGUGCUACUGCAGGUGUUAGAAAUGAGCAUCAAUCACGGCUCAACUUUUCUCACUGCUGGUCCUCGAUAUCCAGAAGGAACACCCCAGUCAUUGCCUUCACAACAUCCAGAGAACAUUAACACCUUUGAUCAGCUACUGGAAAUAUUCAGCUUGCAUCUCAAGGUCCGUACAGAGUAUAACCUAUUUCUACUACUUGUUAACUAUGGAAAUGUAGUUGAGUUCUGCCCCAGUCCCUUGUUGUCCUCCCUCAUCCGAGGGUGCCUGGAAACAAAAAGAGACAUGUACAAUGGAGGUGCAAACCAUACGUUGAUUGGUGUCCAGUUCAUCUCUUUCUCAAACACUGUGGAUGCAUUGUAUGCAAUCAAAAAGCUUUGCUUUUCUAGUCAAACAUCAACGGUGUCCUUAAAAGAUUUGGUCACAUGCUUAAAAUGCGACUGGGGAUACAACAUACAGGAACCAUUUCACAGCCAAGUUGGUGGGGCAACACGUGCAGAUGUCUUGUCUUACUCAUAUAAGGAAAUACGACAAAGGGCUCUCAGCUUCCCAAAGUUUGGAACAAGUGAAGGUGCAAACAAUAAAGAUAUCCAAGCUAUUGCGGGAUGGCUAGCAGAUAAAGUAUCAACUGUCAUUGAUAAAGUUGCCUAUGAUGGCCCUGAUGGACAACCGCUGAAAGACCUGAUUGCUGGCUUAAAGAAAAAGUACUCGUUGCCGGGUGCACCUUGGAAUUUAAUUCUGUCUACAGGAUCAGGGACGUUUGAAGGGUAUGUUGGAUGGGGAGCGCAAUGUGCAGCCUCUGCUGAUGGAAGACGUGCUAGCUCUCCUAUUGCGUCCGAUUUCUCUGCUGCUCCAGGUCCACUGGACAAACCUGCAACACCAAGGAGUUUUGAUAUCUAUGAGAGCAAGAAGGAUUUGUCCUUAUAUGGUUGUGUAUGUACUAUACACGGCGCUGAUGUACGCAUAGAAGGUUCUCAUCACUAUUGAACUAUGGAACUAUGUUAAUUGCUCAUCUCUUAUUCUUAUAAUCAUUCUAUUUUAGUCACCUGUGGAAGUCCCGAGACUUUUGCCAACGCACAAUGUAAGCCAGAACAAUACGACCUGAUACGCGUGCGCACUGGUGGAUGGAGCGAGUUUUUUGUAGCUUUCUUCAGCCAGCACCAGAAACAUCAGGAAAGACGAAUGUACUACCACGUACCUGCAGAAAACAACGAGUCCAAUGCAGCCAAAGAAGGAGAAAAAAGAUAA